AUGCUAAAGUGGACAGUAACAAAACGAACGGAAACCAAUCCGUAUCACGGUCGUCGUUCCUUGGGUGCCUUGCAACAAACGUCUGCAGCGAAGCAUAACAGCAACGAAGUGCACGGGACACCAACCAGUACAAAAAUGCGUCAAGGUCGCCGGUCCUUGGCGGCAAUCAGUAUCAAAGACAUGGAAAUGAACAAAGACAAAGAAAAUCGCUACACAUCGACGCCAUGCAUCCUUCCGUUGCGGAACCAAGUGUUGACCAACAACUUGGAUGACAGCCUCCUCAGUACGAUUGCCUUACGUGAUUUAAGCAAUAUCACACCAAACAGUACGCCAAAUAGCAACAAAAAUAACAACAACAACAAAAAACGUGCCUUCCCAAAUACGCCAGUGAUGACAUCGACAAUGAAGAAAAAGCAACAAUACUCUUCGACACUGCCGACCUUCGAUGUCGAGUAUUCGCCGACUCCCUUCUCGACGUUGCCUGGCUUGGGAGACUCUUACUACGAGAACGGACGUUAUUUUCGCGAGGAAAAUAAAUCAGUCUUAGACACAAUUUCUAGUAAAAACAAAAAAGAUAAGGAACCGUUUUUAGAUGAAUUUAGUUUUAAGAAGCCCAAUACGCUUGUAGCUCCUAUUCAACCACCCAUGACACCCACGUCAGUCAACAACAACAACGACGACUCGUUGCAUUCGUCGCAAAUGGGUGACAUUACGCUGGACAAAAUGAUUGAUGCGAUUCUCGAAAGUGCCCGCAAAGAACGUCCAAAGCGUUCGGCAAGCCUGAAAAGCAAAACCUCCAAAUGUAGCGUUGAAUGCUCGCCCACUUACACGCCAGCGGACGAUCCAGCGAGCGAUUUACUGAAAUACGAAGAAAACUUGGAUCUCUCUCCGAGCUUCAAAUAUUUGGAAACAGCUGACAAAACGAUUAUUUUAGACGAGGUCGUCAUAAAUGAGCGUGAAGUUCGGACUCCGGAUUCCCCCAAAUUUGUGGCAAUGGAACGAAAGUCCCUGGGUAAGCGUAAACGCGAAGAUUCUCCCCCGGAAUCGUGUCAUUUGAAACGCCAACGUGCUGUGAGACGCAAAGUCAAACAUAGCAAUGCGAAUAACGAGCGCAUCGCAUCGACAUUGCCUAGUCCAACAACGCCCUAUUAUGACAUUGAGAAUACGUACAUCCGCAAAACCUUCGAUGAAAUUGCUGCAAUUGAGACACCAAAAGUUGCCAUGAACACCUCGUCAACCUCUUCCCUGUAUCCCGCUAGUCAAAACGAGAAUAAAUCCGUAUUGUCGACAAAUUUGUCGAAUGAAAUUACGCCAGAUAUGCGGAGUAUCAAUAUGCAAGUCAGCAGUACUCCGACUGGCGAGGGACAUAUUAUCCGAAAGUGUCUUACGUUUUCUCCAGCUGCCACAACAGAAGAUUCAAUGGAAAAACGACGAUCUGUAGCUAGCACCAAGUCAAGUUUCAAUAAUGGACGCAAUUUAUUCAUUACUGGAUCUAUUGAUCUCUCAAUAUACACAAAAGACAGCAAAUUAGUUAUUCACGCAAUUCGAUGCAAAGAUCUUCAACGAUCCACUGGGACCUCAAUUAAUGCUUAUGUGAAAGUCGCUCUUGUACCACAACCGAAUAAAGUAACAACGUACCAACGAACUGCCGUUCACCGAAAUACAAAUAGACCUUUCUUUAAUCACAAAUUCACAUUUGACCUGAAUGAAUGUGACCAAACCAAAGUUAUCAAGUUAGGUGUAUGGCACCGUGAUCGUGAAUGCAAACGCAGCGAAUUUUUGGGAUGUGUCUCGUUUCCAGUAACGAAUGCUAUUAAGAAAGACAUUCAUGGAUCAUAUAAAUUGCAACCGCAAACGUGUUUGACAAGUGUCCCCUCAAUGUCCACCACAACGCAGUCAAGUGAAAUCCAAAAGACCCCGCAAAAGCUCUCAACAAUGUACGAUUUCUCGCACGAGUCUUGCGACGACAUCACCAGUCUAGAUGACGGGCAUAUCGUGGCGCCAGGCGGUGGAGAAAUUGCUCUCAGUAAAAAGGCGUUGCAUCAACGUGAUGCCGACGAAAACUUAUUUUUGAGAUUCUUGGAGCUGGACCCGCCACAAGAAAAUACGCCGCAGAGACGACAAUCAGCAUCAUUGAAUUACAAAAGUUCGAGUGGCAGAACGCCAUUCACGAUAUCGAAACGCUUAGUCAAAACGAACGAAAAGGGGUACGGAAUGUCGAUCGUUUGGACGCAUCCACCACGUGUCGAACGUGUCGAGCCCGGGUUGCCUUCCGAAAAGGCUGGAAUCUUGCCGGGAGACUACAUUGUUUUCAUUGACAAUGAAAAUGUUGUGACGAUGCCGGAGCCCGAUGUCCUGAACUUGAUCACAGCGCAGGGAAAUACAUUGCAAUUGGAGAUUUUUCGACGACCACCUUCCAAUAAACAAGCAAAUGGCAUCAAGUCGACACUGUAUAAUGCCGCAGCAAAUGCCACAAGCAAUAACAACAAUAACACAGUACCCACUAGUCAACAAAUUACGAGGUCUCAAUCGCCGAUUAGCCAACAGACGGCAACAUUCCAAUUACAACCGGCUCCCACGUCGCAUGUGUAUUCGUCGUCCAGCACAAUUCAGCAGACGCCUACACAUCAUCCACAACUUCAGAGACAGCCACCAAUUCAGGUUCAGACAUCGAAUUCGACGCUUGCAGAAACCGACAUCGAGGCAAGUUCAAGCGCUAAACAGGCAGCACUCCAACCACUUUUGCUCACAACGACAACGACUUGCUCAAAUCCAUCGGAGUCCAAGCGAAAACUUCAUUUACCACAAGUUACCUUCAGUAAGGAGUCAAUUAUGGCAAUCACUCCUGAGGAUCAUCGUCGUCGAGUAUUGUACCAAUUAAUAAGUAGUGAGCAACAUUUCAUUAGUGCUCUGCAGUUUGGAAUGGACCGUUUUGUAACGCCCAUGAAAGAACGAAAGGAUAUUAUUUCUCCAAAUGAUCACAAAGUGUUGUUUCAAAAUAUUGAUGAGUUGAUGCAAAUUUCCAAAGAUAUCCUUGAGCAACUGCUACAGGAAGACGUUGAACCGCAUAUACAUUUUGCUUCUCGUGUAUACUUGUCGAAGACCACUGCGAUUUGUGCUGCUUAUAAAAAAUACUGCACGGGGCUGACGAAGGCCGACUGUGUGCUUGCGAACAAAUCGCGGCAUCUCAAUUCAGACUUUAUGAAAUUUAUAACUGAACCAUCAGUGCCAAGAAAUAGACCUGACCUAACAUCGUUUAUACAUCGACCUUUUCAACAUUUUCGUGAAUUAUUUAAGUUAGUGCAGUUAUUGGCUUCAUACUGUCGCUUAGACACAGAAGAAUUUAACAACUUUCAAACUGUCAUCUAUGAAAUUCAGGCUGCGUAUCGUGAAAUAACGACAUCGGCAGGACUCAUGGAGCCAUUGUGCGAUGGACGACCCCUAUUGACAUUACAAGACUUGGAAGCUCGUUUGGUUUUUACAAAAUGCAAACCAUUCGUGUUGGCAGUACAAGGCAGACAAUGGAUUUUCGGCGGAGACUUAUCGCGUGUCGAAGGAAAAUCAGUUAUACCGUAUUGGACGUUGCUUUUUAGUGAUAUUCUGUUGUUUACGAAAGUAAGUCGGGAUAGAGUUCUCUUCAUCACCGAGGAUCCGAUUCCGUUGGCUCACAUUGUGGACUCGUGUUUCACUGUAAAAAGAAAAGGAACGGAAUUUCGUCUGACAACUGACCCAAAUGGCAGAGCUGCAGAAAGUCCAACUGUCCAUUGUGGACCCGACAUUACAAGAACUCCUAGGAAAAACACAAAACGAAAGAGUAUCAUCUUGCAAGCACCAUCACCGGAAUUGAAAGCUGUGUGGCAAAAUUACAUAACGCGACAAAUAUUUUUAGUAAAUGCUGCGCUGAGCUCGACUCCACUCAGUAGUCCGCUAGAUUCACCGGAUAUCAUGCAAACGCUUUUACCGUACGGAGAAAUCGGAGCAACAACGACGUCUGUUAGUUCCGUGAAGCUUUCCAUGGACAACAUUCACUAUCGCAACCAGCAGGUGCAGUCGCCGUCAAAGAAGGUCACGAAGCAAAUUGAAGAAUUUAUCGAUGAAAAGUGUCGUAGCCUUAACAAGAGUGGGACUUCGCGCGGCGGAGCCCUUCACCUUGCACAAUGGAUGAAAUGUCAAUUAGAGAAACAGGUAAUGUACCUCACAACAAAACUUUUUAUAACUCGCAAGUACAAAAGUCUGAAAGACGAGUAACAUGCAUGUUAUUCGGAUCCGGAUGACGAAGCAAACAAAAUUCACGAUUGGAGUCCGGAAGAGGUGCAAAAACGUUCAACAGAACUCAAGUUAAUCGACGAAAAUGGGGUCUGUUGCAAAACUUCCAUUCUUAGCUCUAAAGAAAGUAGUUGUAAACACAAUAAUAAUAAUAUUAAUAGAAGUAGUAGCAAUAACAUGUUAGAAUCAACGCAACAACGCACAACUAGUGAUACUUCGAGAACGACAUCAGAUCUACUCACGAAUGGCGGGGGUGGCGACCAAAAAAAAGUCGCUAGCAAAGACCAUUCGCCAAAUCAUUCGCGGAGCACGACGCCCGAUAGUCAAGUCACGGUACGCUCGAGUCCGCUCAGCAAUAAAAUUGAUACGAUUUCUGUGUGUCGGAGUUGCGUCAAAAAGUGCGCAAGUCGUCUAAGUUCCUCUAGUAGCAACUCGUUGCUGGUUCAGUCGAAAGAAGGGCGGAAAAACAGUUUAGCAAGCAAUAGCUCGUCAACAACAAUUUCGUCCGCUUCUAGUACGAUAACUGGCGAAAAUAAAACCGAUUCUGGACAUGAGAACUCGUGUCUAAUUUCUAGCCCGUCCAAUAGUUGCAAAAGCAACACGAGCAAAACCGCGUCGAGUGUCGACAUUAACAGUAACAAAAACAAAGAAUACCGCAUAAAAAGUAAUACGCCGUGUCCGUGCAAAUGCAGGCCAAAAGAUUUCGAGAGAAAAGGCGUAUCGGAGGUGUGCAAACAUGAGACAGUCAAAAUAUUCGAAAGUAUCAUUGAAGCAAAAAAGCAAACGGUGACACUGAAAAAUAAUACACCAACGAAAAUGUCACAAAUUGUGUUGGAAAAGCUAAAAGAAAGUCAGAAGGCAGAACCGGAAAUCGUUAUUGAGAAAGAUGAAGGUGAAGGUGAAGAUGAAGAUUGGUCAUUGAUGUUAAUCGGAUUGGCACAAAUCAAUCCGGCUGCGAGUCUGGUAACAAUGGAUCCAUUUGAAGUUGUUCCAACUAUUUCUGUAGUGCCGCCAACGCCUGAAGGAUUAAACAGUCGAUUGAGUAAUCCAAACAUUUGGGAGAUUGAUAAACUUUCACCCGACGAAGCUGAAGAUCGCACAAUUCCCGUGCCAAAACCCACGCAGCCACAAUCUUCCUUUUCCGACGACUCGCCAGAUGAACCGCCAUAUUUGGCUCUCAAUACGGGACUCAAGCGCUACGGAACAAUGUCAAGUUUGGAACGAGUUCCUUCGGAAGAUACGGACGAUAAAACAUUCAAUUCCAGUGAUGAGGAUUCUGAAAGUGAUAUAAAAAUUGUAACUCGCCAACAUUAUUCCAACUCGGACCAAAUAAAAGCUUGGACAUCUCGUGCUGGUGCAUUCCUUGAAGAGUCAAAGGCCUUUAUUGAUAAGUAUUUGGUAAAACGUGAAUUGCCCGAUAGCGUUAUUAAGAGACAAGAUGACCCACUGGAAUCUUCCGGAGCCGCAAGUAGUGAAGAUCUUUGGGGUACACCAACAAGCGGAGGAGAGUAUGAUGAUGCACAUAAUUUUUCAGGACCAGAUCAUCAUAUGCAAUCACCUACAAAAUCAUCAUCCGAUUAUUCUGGACCCGAAGAACCUGAACUAAUGAUGGAUGAACUCUUAAUGAUGGCACCACCCAUCACCUCGAGUAAUAUGAGAGGACUACUUCCAAGGAGAAGAUUAGAACCGUUAUUUGAAGAAGACACAGAAAGUGGUGAGUCUGACGAUGAAAGACCGUUGAAUGGUAAUAAAGCACAACAGGGGCAAAGUAUGGUGGCAACAACAAGAACAUGCGUCGAUGGUGCCAGUUCGGUAAAAGAACCAAUCGAAUCAGAUUCAAGCCAGACGAGCAGCCAGAGUCCCGACUCAUGCACACUAGUCGACAAGUCCGCUCCACCUUCGCGACUGCAUUCGGUGGUAAGAGCAACAAGGUCCCUCAGCACACUGCAGCAACAUCAAAUGCGACGCGAACAACUGCAACACCAGACCAGAAUCUAUGGGAACGGUGCUGACAAAUACUUUGUAUCUGCACAAAUCAUCCAAGAAACCAAAAUAACAAAUACCGAUACAAUUAUCGAGUGCUCCGACAGAAGUUCCAAUUUUCCUCAAAAUCAGCAGCGGCCAGACCAUCCGAUCUCUCAUUCGUCGACACCACAAGAACAACGCCAGCCGCCUCCGCCGCAUCAUCUCAGUCCACGUUUAGAGAUGCGGUUAGCAAUGAAUCAGGAUAUUUUGUGCGAGGAAGAUCUGAUGAACUACGAUCCUGGGCCAGAUCUCACUUCGAUUCUCGGGCACGACCUCUCUUCAUACCGCCGAAUGACGGGCAAAGAUAUAAUUAUGAACCGGAUUAUCAGCAGCACGAGUUCCAGCAAUCGGAACAACUUCUAUCCAAGCAACGCCGCGCACAACUCAUACUAUCCACAAAACAAUUCAAAAAUGGACACGCCAAUACUCAACCGAAGAAGAUCAAGUCAACGUAUAUGGAGCAGUUCUGGAUUUGUGGAGCGCGAAGAAAGCGCACUCUCCGACUUGGAGCGUUUAGCGAGGCGCGAGAAGAUAUACUGUAUGACUCAGCUGCAACAGACUUCGCGACGGCCGACGAAGGCGAUGACUUCUCAGACUGAUAUUACGACGUCACAAACUACGCCGCAGCUAGCGAGACGACCAAACAAACUUUUCAAUUUCUUUAGCAGGCGUAACUCAGAACAACUACUACUGACAAGUAAUAAAAACGCGGUUAGUAGUGAUAGACUAACUUACGAAGAUUUGAAUGACUUUGAUCUCAGUUCCUCGGCGAGCUCUCCACGGAGAGAACUAAACCGCCCAUUAGUUGAUCGACGAUUCCAGAAACAACUUUGUCGACGGAAGCAGAAAUCCAUCGCCGCGAAUUUGUGAUAAAAUCAAUGAAAAACAAAUAAUUAACGAACAUUUUAAUGUAAUUCUUUUAACUUAAAAUUUAGUCAAUUUGAUACCUAAUUGUGAAAGACAAGGAAAAAGUUAUUACAAAUUAUAGC